AUGGGUUUUAGAAAAAAAAAGAUAGCAACACGUUCAGCCAUUUCAGAUGUGGUUACAAGAGAUUAUACAAUUCAUUUACAUAAAAGACUUCAUGGAUGUUCCUUUAGAAAACGUGCACCAAGAGCUAUCAAAUGUAUUCGAAAAUUUGCAGAAUUACAUAUGGGAACAAAAGAUGUUCGUCUUGACCCACAACUAAAUAAAGAGGUAUUUAAAUCUGGGAUUAAGUCUGUUCCACAUCGUAUGAGACUUCGUUUAUCAAGAAAACGAAAUGAUCAAGAAAAUGCAAAAGAAAGGCUUUAUACAUAUGUACAAGCUGUAAAUGUUUCAAAUCGUGCAAAAGGACUUCAAACUACAGUUGUUGAAAAUCUUUAA